AUGGCGCCGUCGAAACCAGAAGUCAUCCAGCAGAAGCAAAGAGAUGCGGCGAGCAAGCUCGAUGUCAUCGUAGUUGGUGCUGGCCUCGGUGGCCUAGGAGCAGCCAUCUCCAUCCUCCUGGAAGGCCACAAUGUCCAGAUUCUCGAAGUAGCAGCAGAAAUCGGCGAGAUUGGAGCGGGAAUCCAAUGUCUCCCCAACUCCACGCGCGUCCUCAUCUCCUGGGGGCUGGAGGAUGCACUUUCAAAACUUGCCACUACGCCGAGGCUGUGCAAUAUGAUCGGGUGGAAGGGCCAGAAGAUCUCAGAGAUGGACUUUCAUGAGUACGAAGCACAGUGUGGAACGCCGUUCUGGGACUUUCACCGCGCAAAUUUGCAUAUGGCACUUCUCGAGCGGGCAAUUGAGCUGGGCGCGAAGCUGACGACGAACUCGAGAGUUGUAGAUAUCGAGUACGAGUCAAGCGGGGACUCGACAAGAGCUAUUGCUGUGUGUUCAGAUGGCAAGAGACAUAUGGCUGAUCUGGUUGUUGGGGCUGAUGGUAUCAACUCGAAAUGCAGAGAGAUAUUGCUGGGCCACGAAGAUCCACCACUGUUGACUGGUGAUCUGGCGUACAGAUUGUUGUUGGACACAGAGCAGAUGGUUAAGGAUCCUGAAUUGAGGAGUUUCGUUGAAGAUCCUCAAGUCAACUACUGGAUUGGACCUGAUGCACAUGCUGGUACAGUCAACUGUCUUCUUCACCCACAUUACGAAACUGACAAGAUCCAGUCAACUACGUUCUGCGUGGCGGCAAAUUGUUCAACAUGGUCCUUCUUGUCCCCGACGACAUGCCCGCAGGUGCCAACACUCUCGCCGGCAACGUCGAAGAGAUGCGCGCGCUCUACGCAGACUGGGACCCACGCAUCCCCAAACUCCUUGCCCUAUGUAAAGACGUCUUCAAGUGGCGUCUCAUGAUUCGCCCUGGGCUAGACCCAACAUGGUCACAUCCCUCGGCCGCGUUCACUAUCCUGGGCGAUGCUGCGCAUGCAACAUUACCGUAUCUUGCGUCUGGUGCGGGAAUGAGCAUUGAGGAUGGUCAUGUGCUGGGUCUAUGUCUUGGCGCGAUCAAGAACAAAAGCACCUUCGAAAAGAAGAAAGCACUGAAUAUCUACGAGCGGUGUCGUCGGGAGCGCACUGAGCGCGUUGUUUCAAGAGGCAACCGCCAGCAAUACCUUUACCACGUGCAUGACGGCGAGGAGCAACAAGAGCGCGAUCGUUUGCUCGGCGAAUUCGCGAAAUUUAACGGUAAGGGAAAGAUAGAGAGAGAACAGUAUGAAGCUGCUGGGCUUGAUGUGGAGAUGGAUCCAUUAGCUUGGAGGUGGGGUGGUGUUGGAAGCUGGUUGUUGACGUAUGUUUGUGAGGAAGAUGUCAAGAGGAGGACGGCAGAAGUUGAGGCGGAGGAGAAAUCUCCAAUUCCCAGGACAGUAAGUCAAGAGAGCGUGAGAGCGGUAUUGUAA